AUGGCAGAGGACUUUCCUCUGAAGAUGACCAGGUUUUCAGAUCGCCUUGCCAACUCGUCGUUUUGUCUCACGGCCGAGUCUACAAAUGGACGAAUAGCCCGAGGAAAUCGGGUCGAGAUGGGAAACGAGUUCCGCCCUAUGGGCUCCUCUCGGCUGUGCCUCGACUCACUCAAAGGUGUCUCGUUGUUGAAAUGCCAUAACCAGCGCGCUCAUCAAGACUGGCAAGUUACGAAGGAAGGCAAAUUCUACAACAAAGCGAUGGGCAAGUGCAUCAAGGCUGACGCCGAGUUGCUGUCACUCGCUGUUCUUCAAUUUUGCUCACUGGCCAGCAAAUUCGUGGUUGAAGAAGUGACCGUUGUAUGA